CCUACCUCAUAAUGACUGGCCGAUCACCGCUGGUGACUCAUAACGCUUUUCAAUUCUUCUCGCACUUCCUCUACUUUGUUCUUCUCAUCUACUCCACAUCUGGAGAAACAAGACCUCCACUCGCAAAAUAACUAAAGUAUACUAUCCUCCAUUCCCCCUUGUCUCUCCCCUAGAUUAUCUACCAACCCCUAUACCACACCACAAGAUGCGAGCUUCCUCUCUCGCCGUGUUUGCUUGCGUCUUACGCCAAGCUGCUGCUGCUGCCUUGAUGGCUCGUGGCAGCCUAAAAGAAACCCCCAAAGCCAGCGAAUUCGCGGCCGAUUCUACUAUCCCUGUUCUGCAGCUCCAGUCGGCGGCUGCAAGCGCGAGCGACGAGGCCGCGUUUUAUCCCCUCAGUCAAGAUAAUCAGGGAACAAAGUCGACGAUCUACAAGGACUGGUCGACUUUUAGCAAGGGAUCUGCUUUCAUGUGGAUCGCAGACAUGGAUGUUGACUGCGAUGGACUAGACUACGGUUGUAAGGGCAACCCCGACGGUCUUCCUAAGACUAACUGGGGUGCUCUGUCGGCUUAUCAUGUCCCUUUCAUUGUUGUCCCGGAUGAUUUCAUGGUGGUUAACCAGCAUGAUCUUCCCGAAAAUAACGUUGCCGCCGUUAUCUGCAACGGGAAAAUGUAUUAUGGAAUUCUGGGAGAUUCUAACGGUGACACUCCCCUUGUUACUGGAGAAGCCUCCUGGCUGAUGGCCAGAACAUGUUUCCCGGAUGAUAACCUGGAUGGGAAUAAGGGUCACUCGGACCCGGAUGUCAUAUAUAUCGUUUUUACCGGUAAAGACGCUGUCCUUCCCAGCAGCGCAAUAAACCAGAACUAUAUCACCAAUUUUGGUACUUUGAGGUCGAUGGGUAAUAAGCUUGCAUCCGACCUCGUGUCAAGCCUGGCUCUAUCGGAAGGAAAUUCCAGUACUUCCUCAGUCACUUCGGGCACAUCAAGUACCACUACCUCUACUUCCAAAGCACCUCCGACCCCUACCGAUGCCACUUGCUCGGACUGCGAAGGUAGCCAGGAAAGCUCCUCCUCAUCUCUCUCCCCACCCUCUUUGACAAGCCUCCUUCCGACCAGCUCGUCAUUGGCUAACGUGGGAAACUGCUUCAAGGAACCGUCUGCUCUGAUGGUGACAGCUGUGCUUAUGGGCUGGUUUGCAUCGAUGGAACUUGCACCCCUAGUGAUGCCAAUGGCGACGAUGGUGAUGAGAACGAUGAAGGUGGCGAAGGAAUGAGAGGCUAUGACGACAACGGUGAUAGAGAUAGCGAUAACAACGACGACGACGAAGAGUGAAUCAGAUCGUGAUAUUAAAAUUCAGAAAACGAGACAUCACAAUUACGACGGCACCAACCAGGUUGCUUCUAACCUUAUUCAAAUAAGAGAAACUAGAGAAAGCAGAAUUUCAUGUUAUGCUAUUUCUUUGGGAAAUAUCUGAUGGGAUUGGGAGGACUCGGGUGGAGCAGGACCUUGGAUUUUGGGCUUUUGCUUUUGCGAUAUACCCGUUUUACUGUUGUAUUUAGAAGAUUCUUGCUUGGAGGC